AUGUCUUUAUCCUGCUGUGUUAAUGCUGCAGUCAGCAUUAGCACCGAAAUUUGGGAAGCCUGUAAAGGGCCCCGCUGGAGAAGUAGAAAAGGUGAUCGGAUCACGGUAAAAGACAUUGAAGACUUCGAAAAGAGCUAUAAAGAUUCAGAAGAAGAGCUGGCUGAUAUUAAAGCAGCGUACGUGGAUUUUGAGGGUGACAUGGACAGAAUAAUGGAGUCUGUGUUGUGUGUGGACUAUACAGAUGAACCAAGAAUACGGAAAAUCAUAGAAAAAGCCAUUGACUCUAGAGAAGUCCCAUCCUACAAAGCUUUUGUAAAAGAGUCUAAGAAGAAAAUGAUCGCAAGAAAAAGGCGGGCAGAAAAAGAAGCUAAAGAGGCAGAAAAGACGAAAGACGAACUGGGCCUUGGUGGAGAAGAUGACUUGAAAGCGCUGAUUCAAAGCAGAAAUAAAGAUCGACAAAAGGAAAUGGAUGACUUUUUGGCCCAACUGGAAGCAAAAUACGGGAAUAAUGCUAAAAAAGGAGGAAAGAAGACUGCAGCCAAGAAAGGAAGGAAAUAAAGGAACUGUGUAGGCUGAAAUAUCGGGUAUAAUUUUGUAUGGGAACACGUAGAUUUGGGAGAAUUUCAGAGUUAUUCUGGACUACUGUUUCAGAGCGUGUGUGCAUCAACUUGCUGUGACUGGGAGGUACGAUAGAGAACGCGCACCGUGAAGAAGACAAAGCAUUCUGGUGCUACUGUAAAAAUAAUCCUUUGGGUGCUCUUCCGUUAAGAUCAAACAGACUCUUGACCAAAUGUUUUGUUACAGUAAGGAAGCGGUGCGAUGUUUGGGAUGCCUGGGUGUUUAUUAAACUGGUGUUGAAGCACCUUUCUUCCAAACGCCUAAUAGGUAUCAGUACAGCCGAUGGUGAAACAACAUAAUCCCACCCCUUUGAGAGUCUUCAAUGAUGGUUCCCCUGGCUUCUGACUGAGAAACCUUAUCUUUUUGCUAGUCACAUGUUUCUUUUGUAACAAACCUGCUGUUUGUAAAGGUCUUUGCACUGCAGCUCAUCAGGUGUUUUUCAGGUAUUCCCUUGGUUUUAUACAGAUACUUUGGAAAAAUGCAGAUUUAAUAAAUGUAAAGUUUUUGCAGAAUUCUGUGUUUCCCCAGCCCUUUCUACGCUUCCUAAGUAGCUGUUCAAAACUAAUCAUGUUGACUCUCUUCUGAUUUUAGUCAAGUAAAUACUACAUACUUCUAUAGCAGCUGGAAGUAUGGUUAUAUUGUUGUAUACUGUCAGUGCUGGUGAUGCUACGUGAGAUGGAAGGGCCACCUCGUGUCUGGCCUUUGACUGCCUGUGGCAGGUGCCUUAGGAAGAACGCGAGAUUGCAGCAUGUAUGUGACUAUGCAGAAAUUCUUUAACACACUGAGGUGAGGUAAUAAACUUAAAAAUCCACAGAACAGUCAGUUGUGGGUAUUUCUAGGGUGCGUGGUGCCCCGUGACAAGGCGUUGCAAAGCUGAAAAACGCAGUGCAUGUUAUUUCCAUAGCAUCAUGGUCAAGGACGGUCAUGAUUAGCUACUUCAUUGCACUUGUCAACACUUCUGUUACUUCAGAAGUGAAUUGCUCCUGUUAAGAGGAGGUUGCAGGUUUUUGCUUCAGCUGUUUUUAAACCACUUGCUGUCGGGUGCAGGGGUAUGAAGUUGAAGGGUCACUAGUUUUCAACUUACUGUAGCUCAAAGGAAACGAGGCUGGCUUUAUUUGAUGGAUCAUUUUUCAAAGGCCUAUGAGCCAUAGGGUGAACACCUGCUUUUAAGUUGAAGGUCCUCACUGCUUCAAUGAUAGCAUCAGGAACUGGCUGUUUAGUAGAGCUUCCCAGGGGGAAGCCAGAGGUAGAAAGGUAACUGUUCCCUUUUACUUGGCUGCUUUCAAAAAUUACCCUAAUUCUGAGAGUGUACAGCUAUUAUUAUGUGGCAUAACACGUGACUUGAAUGUUACUUUUACUAUACAAAAGAGAUAUCUAACAGCCCAGAAGUCUCUGGUGUCAACCAUUUGUACAGAAACAAAACAUUACCUUCUGAUGAGUCUGCUUUCCCUUUUUUAACAGAUUGACUCCUCUAGGCUAUAAAAUACUAUGUUACCUGAAGUCUGUUCAAGUUUAUUUGUACGUUUUUGCAAGACUCAUGCACUAGGGCUACAGAACACUAACUUGGUCCCUGAGGAAUGGCACAGAUAUAAACAGCUUGCUUAUCUCCAGUUAGCGCGAGAUAACUAAACAACAUGCUCUACAAUGUUCCAGUAGUCUUAGCUGUUAAGGGAAAUUGU